AUGCAUUUAAUCAAAGUCCCUUUUAGUUUACCUAGGACUAAACCGAAAGCCUUAAAUUAUGCAAUGCAAUAUUGUAAAGGUAAAUAUGUGGUAAUAUAUGAUGCAGAAGAUCGCCCUGCCUUCGAUCAGUUACUUAAAGCAGUAAUAGAGUUUGAUAGAUUACCGGAAGAAUAUGUAUGUUUACAAGCUAAACUCACUUUUUAUAAUGAAAAUGAAAAUUUACUCACUAAGCUGUUCAAUAUAGAAUAUUGUAUAUGGUUUGAGUAUUUACUAACAGGACUAAGCUUAAUGAGUUUACCCGUCUUACUUGGAGGAACAAGCAACCAUUUUAAAUUAGAUAUAUUACAAAAAGUGGGAUUUUGGGAUGCCUACAACGUAACUGAGGAUGCAGAUUUAGGUAUUAGGCUCUCAUCAUUUAAUUAUAAAGUAUGGAUUCUAGAUUCUUAUACCUAUGAAGAGUCACCUAUAGAUAUAAUGAGUUGGAUCAACCAAAGAUCUCGUUGGAUAAAAGGAUUCUUACAAACAUUUUUAGUAUUCUUGCCUUCGUAUAUGCAUUUAAUCAAAGUCCCUUUUAGUUUACCUAGGACUAAACCGAAAGCCUUAAAUUAUGCAAUGCAAUAUUGUAAAGGUAAAUAUGUGGUAAUAUAUGAUGCAGAAGAUCGCCCUGCCUUCGAUCAGUUACUUAAAGCAGUAAUAGAGUUUGAUAGAUUACCGGAAGAAUAUGUAUGUUUACAAGCUAAACUCACUUUUUAUAAUGAAAAUGAAAAUUUACUCACUAAGCUGUUCAAUAUAGAAUAUUGUAUAUGGUUUGAGUAUUUACUAACAGGACUAAGCUUAAUGAGUUUACCCGUCUUACUUGGAGGAACAAGCAACCAUUUUAAAUUAGAUAUAUUACAAAAAGUGGGAUUUUGGGAUGCCUACAACGUAACUGAGGAUGCAGAUUUAGUUGAAUUAGAUACUAUAGCCAAAGUGAUUUCAAGUUUAAAUUGGUUGGACCAAUAUCUUGCAAAAGCGCGUCGAGCAAAUAAAUCCAUUAUUAGUGCUUUUCAUGAUUCAAGUGAGCAUUUCGUGGUUGAUGGUGGUGCACGUCGUUUUAAAGAAAUGUUGGAAAAACCUCAAGCAUCUGCAAUAUUUGUUAGGCACUAUCACGGCAACACAGGAUAA